UCCUCUGCUCAGUGCUCUUGAAUUGAGAUUGAAGGGAAAAUUAGAAGCUGUUCAUUUGGGCUUGUGGGCUCAGCAGCGUAACACAGCUUCAUUUUAUGCUCUACGCUGUCCUAUUGAAAGGGGCCAACAAGUGCUGGCAUACAAGUGACUAUUUUGUCUUAAAACUCUGUUUUUGGAACAUCAAGGAUGGAUUAUCCCAAAAUGGAUUAUUUUCUGGAUGUCGAGUCUGCUCAUAGACUCUUGGAUGUUGAGUCGGCUCAAAGAUUCUUCUACAGUCAAGGAGCUCAAGCUCGCCGGGCGACCCUGCUCCUGCCUCCCACAUUAAUGGCGGCAUCUUCGGAGGACGAUAUAGACCGGCGGCCCAUCAGAAGAGUCCGCUCCAAGAGCGACACGCCGUACCUCGCGGAGGCCAGGAUCUCCUUUAACCUAGGGGCAGCUGAGGAAGUGGAGAGGCUGGCGGCGAUGCGUUCUGACUCCCUCGUCCCAGGUACCCACACCCCACCCAUCCGGAGGAGAAGUAAGUUUGCCAACCUAGGAAGGAUUUUCAAGCCUUGGAAAUGGAGGAAGAAGAAAAGCGAAAAGUUCAAACACACGUCUGCAGCCCUGGAAAGGAAAAUAUCAAUGAGGCAAAGCAGAGAGGAGCUGAUAAAACGUGGAGUGUUGAAGGAGAUCUAUGACAAAGACGGGGAGCUCUCCAUAUCGAAUGAAGAUGACUCCCUGGAAAAUGGGCAGUCCCUGAGCUCCAGCCAGCUGUCUCUGCCCGCCCUGUCUGAGAUGGAGCCAGUCCCGAUGCCCAGGGAUCCCUGCUCGUAUGAGGUGCUCCAGCCUUCUGACAUCAUGGAUGGGACAGUGUCUGAAGAGAGUCCCUCUGCCAGUGAGUCUGGAGUCCUCCUGUCCCAAGAUCCUUCAGCCAAACCAGUCCUGCUCCUGCCCCCCAAAAAAUCUGCUGCUUUCCCUGGAGACCAUGAGGAGACCCCAGUGAAGCAGCUCUCCCUUCUCAAGCAGCCCCCCGCCCUGCCUCCCAAACCCACUGCCAGGAUUGCCAACCACUUAACAGAUUCUGGCGCCCCCGUGAAAUUGCCUUGUCUGCCAGUGAAGCUGUCGCCUCCGCUACCUCCAAAGAAAGUCAUGAUCUGUAUGCCUGUGGGGGGGCCAGACCUCUCCCUGGCAUCCUAUGCCGCCCAGAAGAGCGGCCAGCAGGGCGGGACCCAGCACCACCACACGGUCCUGCCCUCCCAGAUCCAGCACCAGCUGCAGUACGGCAGCCUCAGCCAGCACCUCCCCUCCAGCACCGGCUCCCUCCCCAUGCACCCCUCGGGCUGCAGGAUGAUAGACGAGCUGAACAAAACGCUGGCCAUGACCAUGCAGAGGCUGGAAAGCUCUGAGCAGCGGGUUCCCUGUUCUACUUCCUACCACAGCUCUGGUUUGCACUCGGGUGACAGUGUCACAAAAGCAGGACCUCUGGGCCUUCCGGAAAUAAGACAAGUGCCAACUGUUGUGAUUGAAUGUGAUGACAAUAAAGAAAAUGUGCCUCAUGAGUCAGACUACGAAGACUCUUCUUGCUUGUACACGAGAGAAGAGGAGGAGGAGGAGGAAGAGGAUGAGGAUGACGACAGCUCCCUGUACACCAGCUCCCUGGCCAUGAAGGUGUGCAGGAAGGACUCCUUAGCCAUCAAACUCAGCAACAGGCCUUCCAAGCGAGAACUGGAAGAAAAGAACAUCCUUCCGCGGCAGACGGAUGAGGAGAGGCUGGAGCUGAGGCAGCAGAUCGGCACCAAGCUCACCAGGCGACUGAGCCAGAGGCCAACUGCAGAGGAGUUGGAGCAGAGGAACAUUUUGAAACCUCGGAAUGAACAAGAGGAACAAGAGGAGAAAAGAGAAAUCAAGAGGAGGUUAACUCGAAAGCUCAGCCAAAGGCCCACCGUGGAAGAGCUCCGGGAGCGCAAGAUCCUCAUCCGCUUCAGCGACUACGUAGAGGUGGCAGACGCUCAGGACUACGACCGCAGGGCCGACAAGCCCUGGACCCGCCUCACCGCUGCUGACAAAGCUGCCAUUCGAAAGGAGCUCAAUGAAUUUAAAAGCACUGAAAUGGAAGUUCACGAAUUGAGUAGACAUUUAACAAGGUUUCACCGACCUUAACAGUCGAACUUCUCCUGAGUGCUAUGCUGUCUUCAAAACAUAAAUUUAUAAGAACCAUAAGUGCUGGUAUUUAUUCACUUCCCCAUCACGAUGUAAAUCUUCUGAACUGCCUUUUUUUAAAAGAAGGAGGAGGAAGAAAAGGGAACAUAAUCAGGAUUUUGUUUGCAAAAAUGCGAUGGUUAUGGCUCCGUGGUCAGAGCUGCUGGCACCACCGCUGAUGACGGACAGGGCCGAAGACACCGGAGACGUCCUGGGCCUCUCCAACCAGGCCGACAGGUACCACGUUUAUCUCGGCUCCAGAGAGCCUCUGCCUCGAAAGUGUCCAACACCUGAGUCCAAAGAAAGCUGAGGCGGUGGGGCCAGCCUGGAGACUGCAAAGCGAGGGAUCUGCAUUGGCCUUCUCCACUUGGCCAAACAGCCUGGCUCCAGGUGCAGCAUCUGGUUUGGGGGCCUCCGUGGAGGUGUUGUGGAGAGGGUCACUGCCCUUGGUGGCUCCUGUCCUUACCUCCCUCCAACCACCAUCCGUGCGGUGAACAGAAGGGGAGAGCCCUUUGCUGGGCGAGUCUGUGGUUGAGUGUCUAAGAGUGUGUGUGCUCCAGGAGGGGAAGGCUGGCACCGAGCACCCCUCCUGUCCCCUCAGGCUGAGCUGAGCUGCCUCCCGGAAGCUCUGGUUUAGAAGGGGAAGGCUGUCAUAUUAAAACAGACAGACGGCGCAGGUGGUCUCAGGCACACAGCCGUGUCUAUCAUGCAUGGGGGCAGCGGGACCCUACUGAGGGCAUAAAAGCCCUUGAGGGGUGACAAACUGUGUGGCUGAUGUUCAUUUGUUCUGCCGGCCCCAGUGCUGGUGACCAUGUGGCUUGGAAGUCAAUGGCCUCUGAGUCGAGGACCAAUGCAUGCAGGCCAGAGACCCUUUCUGAAAGGCUGGCUUUCCAGCGACUAGGGGCUUGGUCCUCCAGAACCACCUGAGGGCCUUCCCGUCUUUCUUCGCCCUGGAGAGUCUUGGAGAAGCCCGAGUCCUGCAGACACAGCCACGCUGGCGGUGCUGCACCCCCCCCCCCACCCCAUCCCUGCUUCUCCAGGGAGCCACCCCACCUCUCCCUCUCGGUGCUGGUGAAGGGACUGGAGAUGUCUCUCUGACCAUCUCCCCCACCUGGGACCGCAGGACAGCAGUGCAGACAGAGGGACGCGAGGGUAGGCUGUUCCAGCCCCAGGCUGCUUCCAUUUUCCUUCCUGAUGGAGCCUGUAGGGCAUUUGGCUGCCCAGCCCCGCCAGGCCUGCGCGGGGGGGUCCUGUGGUUCUACCAGCUUUCUCGGUGCUGGCUCACUUCCCGCCACACAGGCCCAGGAUUUAGAAAGAUGCCAGCUUGGCCUUCACCAAAGAGUUAAUAGGUCUCUUCCCCGAACCGUGUCGGAUCAAGUUACUUUGGGGGUGCACACCCAGCUCCUGGGCCAGUGUUAACCCGUGUGUGUCUUGUGGGGAGCUGGGGCCCUCGUCCUAGGUGGGGCCCCGCAACGGCGCGAAGCUCGCCUAUGCUUUCCUUGCACCACCUGGAGGAGCAGGCCACCGCCCAGCCCCAGGGGAUGCCAUCACCCCAUCCGUUCUUUGACUGUUGAAGUGAAUAGUUACCGCUGUGGGUAGAGGUAUCGUUCAGAAAACAUGUGGUCAGGAUCUUACUGUGGCUGUAAACAUGGGUCUUCCCAAAAGGCUUACUGAUGUUUGAAUGUGCAGACAGCGUGACGAAGGGUGUAGGGCCCUUCUGGUAACUUCUCUGCGGUGGGCACGUGUUCUGGGUGGGGGUGCUGGGCCGGGAGCGGAGUCUGAGCUUCCCCUAAGUCACAGCUGUGCUUCCGGUGGCUCCCAGGGGCCUGGCAGACGAUCAGGCCCUCCCCGGCCCAGGAGCCAGGCCUCAGGGAGCUCAGUCCACCGCCUGGACUCCGCCCACCAAGGCCAGUGGCCUCUCUGCUGGCCUCGCUCCGGCUCCGGGGCCUUUCAGAUUCCCUGGGAACGUGACACCUAAAUCGAGUUCCCUGCCGCCAGCCAGCCGGCCAGGCUUCCGCCCACAGCGCCCAAGCGCUGCAGCUCACUGUGUGCGGGAGAAAGUGCCGCAGCUUCUGUUCCUCCUCCCGCUGAGCGCCCCUUUCUGGGCGAGCUCCGUCACCGCCCUCCCGGUGGGCUCCUCCAGCCCCCUGUGAGCAGCUCGGCAACCUGGGGAGGUCACAGGAUGGCCCUCAGCUGUUUCUCUCCUCUCGAAAUCUUGAGGUUUUUAUAGACGUCUGUCCAAACUUCCUUUUUUGCCACAUUGUUAAGACAACUGAAAAAUGUAUUUCUCUCCAAGAUGACAGUUUGACAUCGGUGGGAGGGAAAAAAGAUGGGCUAGGUAGUUUACGAUGUGCCCAUUUUCUGAGAAAGCUGCAGUGUGGGUAAAGGUUUAUCUUGGGGUAUCAGUUCCCAGCUGAGCCUCUGGUCAUCUGGAGUAGCAUGAGGGGGGAAAAAAGUGACAUUUCUCAAUCAGAACGUUUCCCUGUGGACACUGCCCCCGAGUCCCCACCCACCAGAGAGACUGCCCAUUGGCCUACCUGCUCUUCCGAAAUUGCUGGUAUGUUCCUCCCCAGAGGCUCUCAAAACUCUGUAAAGCUGUCAGAUUAGAGGCGAUGGUAGAUGUGAUGAAAACCUCCGAGUUUUAUUUUUCUCCCGCUUCUGAACGUGUAUGUGUAUCUGCUGAAUGAAAAUCGUGGUGUGUGCUUUGAUGAGUGGAUUUGCAGGCUCUCCCCGUGCACAGCCAGAGGGUGAAGGUCACCUGAAAUGACUUUUUCUUCCCCUGUGUUGAUCCCCAGACCAGUUGCUUUUUCCAGUUGCUCCCCGGGUGUCUGUACAUAGCGUGUCUUUGUAGAGGAGCACUCGCCCGUGUUCCGACGUAACAGACGACAGCUUAUGAGGACGACACUGUAAAUAGAAUACAAAUCAAGCUGGAUCUCUGUGGCCUAGGUUUUGUACAUACAGAAACUGCAUGGUAUUUAAAUUAUUGUUUGUCUCUGAUGAUGUAUGCAGUUUCUUUAAAAACAAACCAAAAAAAAAGUAAAAAAAAUCAUUUCCUU